AUGGUCGGACCGGGGGCGGCGCCCCACGUCUGGGGGUGGCUGCUGCUCGGUGGCUGCCUCCUCGCUGGAGCCCAGCUGGAUUCUGAUGGCACCAUUACCAUAGAAGAGCAGAUUGUCCUUGUGCUGAGAGCUAAAGUACAGUGUGAGCUCAAUAUCACCGCUCAGCUCCAGGAAGGAGAGGGAAAUUGUUUUCCAGAAUGGGAUGGACUCAUUUGUUGGCCCAGAGGAAAAGUGGGGAAAAUAUCGGCUGUCCCAUGCCCUUCUUAUAUUUAUGACUUCAAUCAUAAAGGCAUUGCUUUCCGAAAUUGUAACCCCAAUGGAACAUGGGAUUUUAUGCACAGUUUAAAUAAAACCUGGGCUAAUUAUUCAGACUGCCUUCGCUUUCUUCAGCCGGAUAUCAGCAUAGGAAAGCAAGAAUUCUUCGAACGCCUCUACAUUCUGUACACUAUCGGAUAUUCCAUUUCCUUUGGUUCCCUGGCUGUGGCUAUUCUCAUCAUUGGUUACUUCAAACGAUUGCAUUGCACUAGGAACUAUAUCCACCUGCACUUAUUUGUAUCUUUCAUGCUGAGAGCUGCAAGCAUCUUUGUCAAGGACAGAGUGGUCCAUGCUCACAUAGGGAUAAAGGAGUUGCAGUCCCUGAUGAUGCAGGAUGACCUACAGAAUUUCAUUGAUGCACCUACCAUGGACAAAUCACAAUAUAUUGGGUGCAAGAUUGCUGUUGUGAUGUUUAUUUACUUCUUGGCUACAAACUACUAUUGGAUUUUGGUGGAAGGUCUCUACCUGCAUAGUCUAAUCUUUGUGGCUUUCUUUUCCGACACGAAGUACCUGUGGGGCUUCACCUUGAUAGGCUGGGGGUUCCCAGCAGUGUUUGUUGCAGCCUGGGCCGUGGCGCGGGCAACUCUGGCUGAUGCAAGAUGCUGGGAACUUAGUGCUGGAGAUAUCAAGUGGAUUUAUCAAGCCCCAAUCUUAGCAGCUAUUGGGCUGAACUUUAUUCUGUUUCUGAAUACGGUUAGAGUUCUGGCUACCAAAAUUUGGGAGACCAAUGCAGUUGGGCAUGACACGAGAAAGCAAUACAGGAAACUCGCCAAGUCGACACUGGUCCUGGUGCUGGUCUUCGGAGUGCAUUACAUCGUGUUCGUGUGCCUGCCCCACUCCUUCUCGGGGCUCGGGUGGGAGAUCCGGAUGCACUGUGAGCUCUUCUUCAACUCCUUUCAGGGUUUCUUCGUGUCUAUCAUCUACUGCUACUGCAACGGAGAGGUUCAGGCUGAGGUGAAGAAGAUGUGGAGUCGGUGGAAUCUCUCUGUCGACUGGAAAAGGACGCCCCCAUGCGGCGGCCACAGAUACGGCUCUGUGCUCACCACCAUGACGCACAGCACCAGCAGCCAGUCGCAGAUGGCGGCCAGCGCUCGCCUGGUGCUCAUCUCCGGCAAAGCAACCGCGGCCAAGGCGGCCAGCCGACAGCCCGACAGCCACGUGACUUUACCAGGCUAUGUCUGGAGUAACUCAGAGCAGGACUGCCUGCCACACUUGAUCCAGGAGGAGACCAAGGAAGGUAACAGGAGGCAGGGAGUUGAAACUCCAAUAGAGGUGUCUUCCAGACCAUUGGAAUGUACCUCAGACCCUGAAGGAAGCAAAGGAGAAGCAGAGGAUGUUCUCUGA